GACCCCACCCAAAGCACACCGCAUCUCCCACCGCCUGGGCUCGGGUCCCUCCGCAGCCUGCUCCCUCUCCGAGGUGAGGCCCGGGACCUCGCUCCCCGAGCCAGAGCCUUUUCCAGGCCCGGGACGCGCCCGAAUACCCGCCGUUUCCUCCAUUUGGUUGUCAGCGGAGACAGGAGCCAUGCCAAUCACGGUCACCCGCACGACCAUCACCACCACCAAUAUGUCGUCCAGCGGCGGCAAUCACACUAUCGUGGGUUCCCCCCGGGCUCUGACGACUCCGCUGGGCAUCGUCCGCCUGCUCCAGCUACUCUUCACCUGCAUCGCCUUCUCCCUGGUGGCCCACAUUGGUGGGUGGUUUGGCCCCAUGGGAGACUGGUGCAUGUUCUCCUGGUGCUUUUGCUUCGCCAUGACGCUCGUCAUCCUCCUGGUGGAGAUGGGAGGGCUCCAGCCACGGGUCCCCGUGUCCUGGCGCAACUUUCCCAUCACCUUUGCCUGCUAUGCGGCCCUCUUCUGCCUCUCCGCCUCCAUCAUCUACCCGGUCACCUUCAUCAAACACCACGAUAAAAGCGAGGAGAAGGACUGUAGGAUUGCCGCCACGGUCUUCUCCAUCCUCGCCUUCCUGGCCUACACCACUGAGGUUUGCUGGACCCGAGCCCGCCCAGGUGAGGUGACGGGCUACAUGGCGACCGUGCCGGGCCUCCUGAAGGUGGUGGAGACCUUCGUGGCUUGCAUCAUCUUCGUCUUCAUCAGCGACACCAAUUCCUACGAGCGCCACGGAGCCCUCAAGUGGUGCCUGGCCGUCUACUGCAUCUUCUUCAUCCUUUCUCUGGCGGCCAUUCUGCUCUGUGUGGGCGAAUGCACCAGCUGGCUCCCCUGCUCUUUCCACACUUUCCUCAGUGGCUACACGCUCCUGGCCGUCCUGGCCUAUGCCACCGCCACGGUCCUCUGGCCACUGUACCAGUUCAGCCAUCGGUAUGGGGGCCAGAGCCGGCCAAAUCACUGCCUUCGGGAAUACGGUACCUUAUGCUUCUGGGACAAGCUGUUGGUGGUGGCUGUGCUGACCGCCGUCAACUUGCUGGCCUACUUGGCUGACCUGAUUCACUCUGCCCGGCUCAUCUUCGUCCACGUGUGAGCAGCUGGGAGAGCGGGCAGUGAAGAGAAAGGGAUGUUGGAGGAUGGCACUUGUGAGACAAAUAGAUGAGGCCCCUCUAGGGGUUUGGUGGGUGGGGUGGCUGUGCUACCUGGGUCUGCGUCGGCACUCCGGCUUUCUUCCUCCUUCCCCUUUUUCCCUCUCUCUCUCUUGGUCUUUUCCUCUUUCUCUUUCAGUGCAGUGCCACAUACCCUACAGGCUCAAUUACUUGUUGGUAAGUCAGAGUCUUUCCUUUUCCCACUUUCUGGUCCUUCCUUUCUUCUGUUUCUCCUCUUUCUCUUCUUGAAGGUGCUGAGCCAUCUCCACCCCUCACUUAUAUCGCUAUUCACAUCCUUGUAUCAGUGUUACCUGCCCCCUUGGCCGGGAUUCAGGUUCCACCCCCCUGGCUGAGAUUUGAACCCAAUGAUGCCAAAGCAUUUCUAUUCCCUCUGGGCUUCUGUGUAUAUGUGUGUGUGUGCGUGGGUCUGGGUGUGCGCCCGUGCACGUGUGUGUUGGGUGGGUAUGAUGUGGACUGGGAGCUGGGGCGUAGGGCUGUGGGGAGGAGUUAAAUUUACUCUCCCCCCUUGAGAAUGCCUGGCUGGAAAUCAACCCCCUCCCCUCCAACCAAGAACGACAAUUUAAAAUCCAGGUCCAAUCUCGGUACUGAACUUCCCUUCUCUCCCAGAGGCCUGAGAUUAUUUUGGCUCUUAGAUUUUUGUCCGGGACAGAAAAGUCCCACGAGGAGGCUAUAAUCUUCAAACCAGAUCUAGAUUAGCAUCUACAUCUGGAUUAAGGGUUUGUUCUGAUUAUCAGAGAAGAAUAAAAGACCAUUGUCCUGAAAUCUAGGUGUACAUAAUGAAGUAGUGAUUACAUUCCCGCAAAGUUAAAAAAUAGUGGGUGUAUUGGGGGGAAUAUGGUUUUAAGGGUAAUGUCUGAAGGAAGUCCUGGUAGGUGGUCAAUAAUGCGAAAGAACGGCAGGCAUCGUUUUAAAGGUAAUGUUUGAUCUGAUGUAUUCUUUAUCGGAAAGAUAAAGAAAUGGUUUCGCCACGCCCACCUUAAAGGCAAAGUCUGAUCCAAUGCGGUCUUUAAAAGAUAUUUAUCUGGAGGAUAAAAGCAACAUCGCCACCGCCAAUAUCUUAAAGGCAAUGUCUGAUCCAAUGUGGGCUUUCUAAAUAUUUAUCUGGAAGAUAAACAUCCUUGCCACGGCGAUCUUAAAGGCAGUGCCUGAUCCAACGGCUUCUUUAUAAUUAUCUGGCGGUUAAAAAUCGCCCCAGUUAUCGUUUUCCCGGGGGCAAUAUCUCGCUAUACUCUUUUGGAAUAUCUGGAAGGUAACAAACAGAAGGGUCGUGGUUGCCGUGAUCUUAAAUACAAUUUUACUUGUCUUUUUCUCCUUCCAACACUGCCAGCCCGCAGCCCCGUCCGAGUCGUAUGCGUUGCUCUCCCCCGCUCGCUGGGAUUUAUAUGGCGAAAUUUGGUUUUCUCGAACCUCGCGCUCCCCCCACCCCCUGCCCCCGCCCCUCACAAGCUCGUUCAUCGGUUCGUUUGUUUAUUGUUUUUUUUUAAUUAUUAUUACCUGAAGAUGUAAACGAGAAAAAGAAGAGCGUC